CUAAAUCAUUCUCAGUAGUCUCUGAUGUUUGCAAAAGCCUCAUCUGCCAUGGCUUACUUGCCCUGCACAAAGGCGGGGGGGAAACCUAGUUUAUGGCCACGUUUGAGACAACGAUGCUAUAGAAAAUCUGUAUCGUUUGGAUGGAGCUUCUUGUCAAGACAAUUGAAAACCUUGCGGGGAGGUAACCGUGCACCUGGGAUGGCUCAAUUUCUAUGUAGUAUGGUGAAUAUGGCUUCCACAUUGCAAAUUGAACUGGUACCAUGCCUCAAGGACAACUAUGCAUAUCUUUUGCAUGAUGUGGGUACAGGUACAGUCGGAGUUGUGGAUCCUUCUGAAGCUGUACCUGUAAUAGAUGCACUGAAUAGGACAAAUCGAAAUCUGACCUACAUACUCAACACGCAUCACCAUCAUGAUCACACCGGUGGAAAUACAGAGUUAAAAGCAAGGUAUGGUGCCAAGGUAAUUGGCUCAGCCAUAGACAUGGAUAGAAUUCCGGGCAUUGAUAUAGCUCUAAAUGAUGGGGAUACAUGGAUGUUUGCAGGUCAUGAGGUGCUUGUGAUGGAAACCCCUGGUCACACACGAGGGCACAUUUCCUACUACUUUCCAGGAUCUGGGUCAGUAUUUACAGGAGAUACUUUGUUCAGCUUAUCUUGCGGCAAGCUUUUUGAAGGAACACCUGAGCAGAUGCUUUCUUCUCUCAGUAAAAUCAUGUCCCUGGCGGAUGACACAAAUAUAUAUUGCGGCCAUGAAUAUACAUUGAGUAAUUCAAAGUUUGCGCUGUCCAUAGAUCCUAACAAUGAGGCUCUUCAAUCAUAUGCCACUCAUGUCGCACACCUCCGUAGCAAGGGCUUGCCAACGGUACCUACAAUGCUGAAGACAGAGAAGCUAUGUAAUCCAUUCCUUCGUACUUCAAACAUGGAAAUCCGGCAGGCUUUGAAUAUUCCUGCUACUGCAAAUGCUGCUGCAGCAUUAGGUGCCAUCCGCAAGGCAAAAGAUAAUUGGUGAGACUUGAUGUUCUGAUUUGUAUACGAGGAGUAAUAUUUAUUUCGAAAAGGAAACGCAGCUACUAUUUUCUCUGCAGUUGUAUCUGUCAAUAUCUGUUGCUUGUUGAAUAAUGUCUGAAAUUACUGUAAAAAUUUAUACAGCUUGGGAGAACUGACAUAAGUAUGGAGUGGGCGUUUUAAAAACCCAAUUGGUUCAUUUCAUU